GCGCUGACGCGCCCGAGUUGGCUGGUGACCGUGACCUCUUCAUCUUUCUCGAGCGAUCGCGAGACUCCCUCUGAAUUCCGGAGCAUGAACAGCGACCAUGAGAUGGAAACCGAGGAGCAGACGCCGGUGCAGUGGCCCAUUGGCAAGGGAAAGGGCAAGGAGAAGGCGGUAGAACAGGCGAACGGACAUGACCCAGAGAACUUACCGUGGGUCGAGAAAUAUAGACCUGUCACGCUGGACGAUGUUGUAUCUCACAAAGACAUUACAAGCACAAUCGAAAAGUUCAUUGAGAAAAACAGGUUGCCUCACUUGCUAUUCUAUGGACCGCCCGGUACGGGAAAGACAUCGACCAUCUUGGCUGUUGCACGGCGGAUAUACGGGAAGGACUACCGCAAACAGAUUCUCGAGCUCAACGCCUCUGAUGAUCGUGGCAUUGAUGUCGUUCGUGAGCAAAUCAAGAAUUUUGCUGAAACACGGACGCUCUUUUCAAAAGGCUACAAGCUCAUCAUCCUAGAUGAGGCUGACAUGAUGACUACUGCAGCACAGGCCGCCCUCCGGCGGGUCAUAGAACAAUACACGAAGAAUGUUCGAUUUUGCAUUAUCUGCAACUACGUGAACAAGAUCAUACCCGCCGUCCAGAGCCGGUGCACGCGCUUCCGUUUCUCGCCUCUGCCUGUCCCUGAAGUAGAGCGAAGGAUCAAUGGGGUCAUUGAGACCGAAGGUGUGAAAAUCACCGGUGAUGGACGGAAGGCGCUGCUGAAACUCUCGAAGGGCGAUAUGCGAAGAGCACUGAACGUUCUUCAAGCAUGUCAUGCGGCAUACGACGAAACAGGCGAACGAGAGGUGUAUCAUUGCACUGGUACACCUGAUCCGGCUGACAUCGCCAACAUCGUCAAUUCGAUGUUCUCCGACGAAUUCACUACGUCAUACAAGAUGAUCUCCUCUCUGAAGACAGAUCGUGGCCUGGCACUACAGGAUCUACUCAACGGAGCAUACGAGUACGUCGACGAACUAGAAUUGAAGCCACACGCUAGGAUCUACCUUCUCGACUACUUUGCCACUGCCGAGUAUCGUUUGUCUGCCGGUGCGAGCGAGAAGAUCCAACUGACGGCUCUGCUCGGCGCUUUCAAGAACGCCGUCGAGCUUUCUCAGAUAGCAUAGGCAUAUAUGCAUCCUUCUAGUUUGUAUCCCUCGUGUGUGUGCUGUCGGCUGAACCCUUGUUCCUAAUAAACCAGUAAUAUGCUGUUCUUAUCGUGAUGUUGCCAGAUAUAGAAGGCGGCAUAGAUACCAUCUACACAGCGAUCCACAAGUCCCUUUCAUCUCUGAUGCACCCGGAACACACGGCAGAGGCGCGAAGAAUCUACAUAGCCACGUAGUUAUGUCAAAUCCCAUCCAGGACGUAGACAGCCCAGUAGACCCAGAAGAUCUCCUAUCGGACUCCCUCCAGACCCUGUACGACUACACGCCGGUCACACACUCAUCUGCAGGCUUGCUCUUCCGCUACACCCUCCGCCCGCGAUCUGGUCGCGCAUCACACGCCGUUGCACCCACAGACGCAGAUCCCACAGGUAAUCCAUCCGUCGUGACGCUCGUGACGCCUAACACGCAGGCGGGCAACUGGGCGCUCCACGCCUCGUCGAUUUGGACGUCUGCGCUCAUCGUCGCGGAUCGCGUGGAGCAGUUGCGCAUCGAAGAGCAUGUCGCACGCGAACGAAAGCGCGAUGGCACUCUGCCGCUGCAUGUGCUGGAGCUCGGCGCAGGUACGGGCCUGCCGAGCAUUGUCCUUGCGAAGCUCUACACCGACGAUGUGCACAUCACCGCGACCGAUUACCCGGAUGCGGAGCUUAUCCGCACUCUUCAGGACAACGUUGAGCGAAACGGUGUCGCGGCGCGCUGCGAUGUCGUGCCAUACGCCUGGGGGAGUGACCCCGCGGUUUUGCUUGCAUCCACAGCACGGACACAGUCCGGAGAUGAUGGACUAGGAUUUGACAUCGUGUUGGCAACAGAUACGCUCUGGAAUCCAGAGUUCCACGCGUCAUUCCUCCAAGCACUGCAGCUGACGCUUCGGCGCACGCCGGAUGCGCGCAUAUACCUUGUCUCUGGGCUGCACACCGGCCGGUACACACUACAGUCGUUCAUGCAGGCGCUUGGCAGGUAUGGCUUUAAGACGGAGAAGGCGGAAGAGUGGGAGGUAGGAGGUGAGAGUACCCGCGACUGGGAUAUUGGCAGAGCGGAUGGAGAGGACGAGGCAGAGAGGCGCAAGUGGGUUGUAAAUAUAAAAAUUAAAUGGAAAGAUGCAUGAUUUCUGUUCAUUCUUUCUUCCGAGUAGUCAGUGUCCC